UUAGACAAGAAAAUGCUGGAGACUGUUGGCGCGGAUGAUAGACUACUACCUGCUUUCAGAGCAGCAACAGGAAUCGAGGGCAGAUUCACUGUCCUCCUGUGUCUAGUGUUUUAUCGUCCCUUAUAGGCUUUAGGGGCGUUAUUAGAAAGGAGAAGUAACUGAUGCAGGUAGUUAGCAUUUAGUUUAUUAUUUUUGAAAAGCCGUCUAUCGGAGCUUGCUUUGCGCAGGCAGACGGAAAUAGCUGAAAAAUGCCUCCCAUCGAAAAGGACACCGGCAAAAAUGAACUCAAAACUAAGAUACAGAAGCUUAUCGACUCUAACCAAGUGGUGGUCUUCAGCAAAAGCUACUGUCCGUAUUGUAUCCAGGUGAAGGACUUGUUCAAGGAACUGAAAAUCGAGUUCAACGUGAUGGAGCUGGACCUCAUGGAGAAUGGAUCCAACUACCAGGAGAUGUUGCUGGAGAUGACUGGACAGAGGACAGUUCCUCAGGUCUUCAUCAACAAGACGCAUGUUGGUGGUUGUGACAAAACCAUGCAGGCUCACAAAGAUGGCAGCCUCCAGCAGCUCCUCAGUGGGGAAAAGGAAGCGUACGAUUACGACCUCAUAGUCAUCGGAGGUGGAUCAGGAGGCCUGGCCUGCUCUAAGGAAGCUGCCAUGUUGGGAAAGAAGGUGAUGGUGUUGGACUACGUUGUUCCCACACCAACAGGGACCACAUGGGGUCUCGGUGGAACCUGUGUGAACGUCGGCUGCAUCCCCAAGAAGCUGAUGCACCAGACGGCCCUGCUGGCUACAGCCAUCCAGGACGCACGAAAGUUUGGUUGGGAGUUUGACGAGUCGGUGAAACACAACUGGGAUACCAUGAAGAAUGCAGUCAACAACUACAUUGGCUCUCUGAACUGGGGCUACAGGGUGGCGCUGAGGGACAAGAACGUGGACUACGUCAACGCCUAUGCAGAGUUCAUUGAACCACACAAAAUCAAGGCAACAAACAAACGAGGGAAGGAGACGUUUUACACAGCAGCCAGGUUUGUGUUGGCCACAGGGGAAAGACCGCGUUACCUGGGAGUCCCUGGAGACAAGGAGUACUGCAUCACCAGUGACGACCUGUUCUCGCUGUCCUACUGCCCGGGGAAGACGUUGGUGAUCGGAGCGUCCUACGUGGCUCUGGAGUGUGGCGGCUUCCUGGCCGGCCUGGGCCUGGACGUCACCGUCAUGGUGCGCUCCAUCCUGCUGAGGGGCUUCGACCAGGACAUGGCCAACCGCGCCGGAGCGCACAUGGAGACGCACGGUGUCAAAUUCAUCCGCAAAUUUGUGCCAACGAAGAUCGAGCAGCUGGAGGAAGGCAACCCCGGCAGACUGAAGGUGACGGCCAAAUCCACAGAGACGGACGAGACGAUUGAGGACGAGUACAACACGGUGUUGAUCGCAGUGGGUCGGAAUGCGUGCACCGAUAAGAUCGGUCUGGACAAGGCGGGGGUCAAAGUGAACCCAAAAAAUGGAAAGAUUCCAGUAAACGACGAGGAACAGACCAACGUUCCCCACAUUUACGCCAUCGGAGACAUUCUGGAGGGAAAGUGGGAGCUGACGCCCGUCGCCAUCCAAGCUGGGAAGUUACUGGCGCGUCGUCUCUAUGGCGGAUCCACCAUCAAGUGUGACUACGUCCACGUUCCCACCACAGUUUUCACCCCACUGGAGUACGGAGCCUGUGGCCUGUCAGAGGAGAGAGCCACCGAGCUGUACGGCCCAGACAACAUCGAGGUGUACCACAGUCUGUUCUGGCCUCUGGAGUACACUGUGCCAGGCCGCGACAACAACCAAUGCUACGCCAAGAUCAUCUGCAACAAACUGGACAGCGACCGUGUAGUCGGGUUCCACUACCUGGGGCCAAACGCAGGGGAGGUGACUCAGGGCUUUGGUGCCGCCAUGAAAUGUGGAGCGACCAAGGAGCACUUUGACGCCACCAUCGGCAUCCACCCGACCUGCGCUGAGGUCUUUACCACCUUGGAGGUGUCGAAGAGGUCUGGUGGAGACAUCACCCAGUCUGGUUGCUGAGGUUAAACCCCGCCUGUUUAGCAGGCUGCUCUCAUAUUGGACUCUAUCCCGGGGUCAAAGGUGCUUGUUUAGACGUCAUACAAAGCACUAAGUGUCUGAUGUGAAGGUGGCCUGCUGAUCGGCGGGGUUACUCUCCUGGCCUCCAUCGGUCUGUCCGCUUGUCAGAGGAGCUCCAGCACACACACCUACGGGAACGUACACGUGUGAUUGGAGUGUUUGACGUCCUGGCCCAUAACCUAGCAUACUUAGGUGGGCGAGGAUCGAUGUCCUUCUGCAGAGGAACCCGAUGGUGGCGCCAAUCCUUCGUCCAAACCCCUCCCAACUCUUCUCCACUUCUUACAAGCAGAGGGUGCAGAGCCUGAAAACUGCUUAACGUGUGGCUUUAGUGCAUGUGAACAUCACCUUCAUAAUUCCACAUGUUUUCUCUUCAAUUCAACAUCAGUCUGUUCAACAUGACCAUUUUAAGUUUAGUAAAUUUCAAAGAGAACAUAAUCUCUUCUGAGUCUACAAGCUUCAAGAUCUGCUUUUACUAUUUUCAGUCUGAACAGCUGUGUUGGCCUGAGUUGUAUCAACAGUUAAUUUAUCUUGUGUGUUCUGCCUCUGCAUUGUGUAUAUAAAGUACAUUCAGUCUUCAGUCACUGUGGGACAUUAAUCAUCUGUAUAAAUGACAAGUUUGUUAGAGUCAAACUCCUCUAGACCACUGUUUUUCCUCCACACUUAAUAAAAGUUUUAUUCACAUUUAA